CGAAGGCAAAAGUCAUUUGAAAGCGUCGCGCGCAAACAAAUUUAUAAUAUUCAAUGAAGAGGGGAGAAUUAAAUUAUAAAAAAAAAGAAAAUUAGAUAAUAAAAUGACCCAAAAGCCAUUGGCGCCGCUCGUAAUCUAAAUGGCUAAACUUCUAGUUUUUUUAGAAUAAAAAAAAAUAUUAAAAUAAGGAAAAUAAUUACAAUUUAUGUUAAGGCAGUGCGGGCAUGCCUUGAAAAUCCGUUAAGAGUCACUAUUUAUUGUUGAUCAGCCAAAAUGCUAUAAACAAUAAGCGCCAAGGAGCAGAGAGCUGAUAAGAUCAACAGAAACGGCAAGCAAAAAACACUUCAAAGCCAAAGUAAUCUAAAAUUCGCAACAUGACUGGGCGGAUGUGGAGUUUGCAGUGCGGGACGCUGUGCAUAAUGCUCAUGAUUACUUUAUCAAUGGCUUCGCCUGCGCCUAGUAGACAGCACAGCUGCAUGAGCUACAAGGAGAAUGACAACUCGCAGCACGACGAUGACUACGAGCAGGAGAGUAGCGAAGGCAUCAGUGUGGAGCAGCAGUAUCUGGAACCAGGUGCCAUGCCUACUGAGCCACACAAGCGCAGCUGUACGGAUGGCUAUACCUUCUGUUUUACUCUGUGGAAUCAGACCUCGAAUGGCACGCGUUUCGUAAAACAGGGCUGCUGGAAGGACAACACUGAUCGCAAUUCCAUUUGCAGCCACACGAAGUGCACUAGCUCGGCGCCCACGUCCCGCAACAACAGCCUCUACUAUUGCUGUUGCUCCGGCGAGCUGUGCAAUGCGCAAGUGGCUAUUGUGGAGCCAGCGCCCCAAGAACUGAUAAAUAAUGUGCAGUUGGUGAUCUACAAUCGAGCCGCAUCACAGCAGCAUAACUCAUUUAGAGCCACCACGAUGCUCAGCUGCGUGGGUCUGCUGACAGUCAUUAUAAUUGGCAUUAUGUUGGCUGUUCAAUAUUGUCGUGGUGUGAAGGAGAAUAGCGAACCAGAGGAAUCGCCUCUGGCUCCCUCAGGUCCCGGCUACAGUUCCAAUCUGCGAAAUGUCGACAAUAUGAAUCUGAUUGGCAUGCUGGGCAGUGGCAAAUAUGGCACUGUGAUGAAGGGCAUGCUGCAUGAGCAGGAGGUGGCCGUCAAGAUCUAUCCAGAAGCUCAUCAUCAGUAUUAUGUGAAUGAAAGAAACAUCUAUGCAUUGCCACUGAUGGAUUGCCCAGCACUGCUCAGCUACUUUGGCUACGAUGAACGUCGCACCAUGGAUGGCCGCAUGGAGUACCAGUUGGUCUUAUCUCUCGCGCCGCUGGGCUGCCUUCAGGAUUGGCUAAUUGCCAAUAGCACGGACUUUGCCCAGUGCUGUGGCAUGUUGCGCUCCAUUACGCGGGGUCUGUCCCACUUGCACACAGAGCUACGAUUGGGUGAGCUGCACAAGCCCUGCGUGGCUCAUCGGGAUCUCAAUUCGCGCAAUAUCCUAGUGCAGGCAGAUCUCAGCUGCUGCAUAGCGGACUUCGGCUUUGCCUUGAAAGUGUUCGGUUCGAAGUACGAAUACAAGGGCGAGGUGGCUAUGGCCGAGACCAAGAGCAUCAAUGAGGUGGGCACACUGCGUUACAUGGCCCCAGAGCUGCUCGAAGGUGCCGUCAACUUGCGAGACUGCGAGACAUCGCUGAAGCAAAUGGAUGUUUACGCACUGGGCCUGGUGCUGUGGGAGGUAGCAACACGUUGCUCCGAUUUCUAUGCACCUGGCCAGCUGACGCCACCCUAUAAGGCUCCUUACGAACAGGAGGUAGGUCCGCAUCCCAGUUUCGACCAGAUGCAGGCCUUAGUGGUGCGUCAUAAGGCGCGCCCGCUAUUUCCGGCAGGUUGGGGAGGUGGUGCUGCUGCCAAGCUUGUGCGCGAUACAUGCGAGGAUUGCUGGGAUCACGAUGCAGAUGCCAGGCUAACUUCGCUUUGUGCCGAAGAACGCAUGCAGGAGAUGUCGAGCUUGCGUCCACGGCUCCAAACGCAGCCGGCUAGUCCGCUGCUUAACACCAACAACCUGGCCUUGCCGACGGCGCAGUUGCUCGUUAGCACAAUCAGCAACACCACAACAAUUGCGGCUGCAGUGCAUCAAACACAAUCACAGCUAACAUCAGCCGAUGGUGGUUUGUUGCAGCCGCCGCCCAAUCAGCAAUUUCCUACAGAAAAGAAUCACCUAAGCUAUGCACAGCCUCAGUUGCAGCCCCAUCUGCAGGGGCGCAAUCCCUGCCAGGAGCGCAACUUGGCACCGCAGCCUCUGCGUACGCCGCCUGUGCUAGUGGAGCGCAGUAAGAAGCACAGUUUUCAGCCACAGCAGGAGCAGAGUCUGUCCUGCUUGGAGCAUGACGUAAGCGUAGAAGAGCUCAUUGCCAGUCGCCAACAGAAGCAGAACUCAAGUCUGGGCCAGGGCUUUCCCAAGCAACAAAACACAGAUCACAAGCUGCGUGGCUGGCACGGAGUGCGCGCAUUGAUCCACAAGAAACUCUUCCGCAAGGAGCACGCCGAGGAACUUUGCAGGCAGCUGCAAUUGGGCGAGGAGAAGUCAAAUCUCGUGGCGGCUCUGAAAAGCAUGGACAAUGCACAUUUGGCGAGUGGCCUGAGGCGACCCAACAAUUUAGACUUGAGUCCGCUGCAGCCAUUGGAUAGAGCUAAUCUGCUGCAGCUUCGCAGCGCGGAACAGCGCACUGGCACACCCGCUCAUAUAGUGCCGCGUUCGCUGUCCAGCAGCCUUAUCAAGCACAUCAACUGCAAUGGGACCAGCAACCACAACAACAACAACGAGAACGAACUGCACAUGUUGUCGAGUUCCCGGGCGCCAAAGCGACGUCCUGGACAUCUGCGCACAAAUUCGCUACUGGUAACGAGCAACAGCGGCAACAUGCCGCCGCCAACAGAGCAGCAAAUGCGCCGCCAACGCAGUCUGGAAGUCUUCCGCGAAGUCUUUAGUGGGCAUGGCAGCAGUGAACGUCUGCGCGAUCCGAGUGAGCGGGUCAAAACCCCCGGCGACGUGCCCCCCUCAGUGCGAAAAGCGCGUGCCUCGAAGACGUUGAGUCUAUACGACGAUCGCAUGAUGGACUCGUCGCUGUUAAAUAUACUCUAGCAUGAGGAGGUUCUGCUGCUAGAGCUUUAAGACUAACAUCGGCAGCAGAACUAUAUAUUUAACUCAUAUCUUUAGGUUCAUCAAACAUAUAUUCAGCGAUAGCCAUAUGGAGAGCUAGUGCUCUCGACCUGAUACUAAAAUCCGAUAUUGAGAAAACACACACAUCUAUAUAUCUAUAUAUAUUGUAUUUUUCAAAGGCAAGAUCCAAUAGUCCUCCUACAGAAGAGAAGGCUCCAGAGAAAUCUAGAUGUAUAUGUAUUUUUCCACCAAUCAUUGUAGCGUUUAGUGCGGUAAACAACCAAAGUCCUUAUAGGUUAGAACAGGAUACUACAGAAUAGUACAGAGUAGAAGUAUAGAAGAAAGAGCAAGGAGCAGGUAAAUCAGUAUAGACGACAUAUUUUUGACUUGAACUUGACGUGAAGCAGUCUGAUUAUAGUGAAACGAUAGUGGAUUAGUGCUUAAGUUCUCAAUAGAAUUGAGCUUACAGGGCGUAACUGUACCUCGGUUAGGUUUACAGUCGGUUUAAGAUCAAGCAGAAUGGGGCUUUUAGUGGGCCAACAGGUUAGGAAAGACUUUUUUAAAACCAUAUACACAUAAUAUAAUGCAUACAUAACGAAAAACACUUAGACUUGUAACACAAUUAUAUAUAAGCUAGUGGCUAGCGACCAGGGGCUGGGCUGAUACGGCAACAGAGAUGUUAGCUAAGUUUACCUAACGAAAAGAAAUAGAAGUAAAUAGCCCUGAUUGAAGAGCAGAGACACACACAUACACACCUAUUUUUCCAAGUAUUAUACGAACCUAUUCUAAAGCAACUUCGAAACCAUAUAAAGAAUUUCAUGCGUAUGCCUUUCUAUUAUAUUCAGACUUAGAAAUCAGAUUAGUUUUGUUUAUCGUUUAUGUAGUACAUGUAGACCAAAACACCCGCAGCCUUUCAAUUAAAACAAAUAUAUAUAUAUAUUAA